AUGGUCGUGGACGCGGGGGCUAACAAUGUCCAGUGGGGACAUCAUGAUGAAGGCAAUGGCUACGAUCGAAAGUGGCGUUUGCAGUCUCGUUCGAAUGUGGAGUUUCGACGAGCAAGGACGUGUCUGGAAUGUGGGCGGUCGACAGUGGUGCAACGCACCACAUUUGCCACGACAAGACCAAGUUCGCAAGUUUGGCAAGAGCGCAAUGAGGGCGAACUCUUGGUGGCUGAUGGCAACAAGGUGGCCAUCAAAGGUGUGGGAACCAUCAUGGAAAAGGUGGUUCUGCCCAACGGUGAAGAGCGUGAGAUCGAAAUCAAGAACGCGCUAUAUGUUCCAAGUAUGAGCAAGAACCUGCUCUCGGUGCCACAGAUUAACAGCCAUGGCAAGUUUCAAGUCGUGUUUGACGGGUCCAAGAUGUAUGUGACUCUCAAGAACUCACAGCAAGUGGUGGCGACAGCGGAUCUCGUGGAUGGACUCUACUGGCUUCGGACGACUCAACGAUCAGCGAAUGUGACAACAAGUGGAACCAGUUGUGCCGAUCUACAUGCGAGAAUGGGUCAUGCUCCAGUCGAUAUACUUCGCAAGAUGAUCGCGACCAACAUGAUCAAGGAUGUGCGAGUCCCUCUCAAGUCGGGGUGGGAGCAACUACAUGUCGAGGGAUGUCAACAAGGGGAAAUGGUCCAAAAACCAUUUCCAAGCAACCGAGACAAGCGCAGCUACGAUACGUUUGAGCUACUUCAUCUGGACAUCUGCGGACCCAUGGAAAGGAUUCGCUCGGUGGCAGCAUGUUUGCUGCUGAUCAUAAACGAAGCCAGUGGAUGCAUGAAGGGCUUUUGA